ACCAUUGCGGUUAAACUUAAUCGCUCUUUCCAGUUCGACUUAGGCGAAGUGAUCGCUGAAUUUUAGCGGGGUAUAAUCGCCUUAAAUGCUUAUAGCUCGGGCUGCAACACAUCUGUUAGUUCCCUGUCAUUGUUUUUUGCUUCAAGAGUGAGCGGUUCGAGGGAAACUCACGGAUGAAAUUUUAAAUUUGUACAGUACCAAGUUGCAGACAUGGAAAUGGGUCUAGUUACUGCUCAAUUAACUCUGGUAGUAUUUUCUGCGCUGGUUAUGUUCGUGGAUUAUGGAUUGACCGAGAGUUUAUCGACAGAUGCUUUGUGUACGCCUGGAAAUUUCUUGAAGAACCACCACUGCGUGUCUGAGUGUGGUCCUGGUUUCUAUGGCAACAGCGUCACAAGAAAAUGUGAAAAAUGUUCAUCAAGUUGCAGAACGUGCCUUGAUGGUGAAGUGCCCACGAAAUGCUCCAGUUGUAAUUCGCCGCUGUAUAUUCAAGGAAAUUCAUGCGUGAAGUCUUGCGGAAAGCAACGAUCAAAAGGGCCUCCUUAUCGCCAAAUGAGGCUUGUGCAAGGAAAAACCCAUUUUGAAGGCCGUGUAGAAAUCUUCCAUGACAGCAAAUGGGGCACGAUUUGUGAUGACUCCUGGGAUAUCAACGAUGCUAAAGUUGUCUGCAGAGAGCUGUUGCUAGGAGACGCCCGCGAGGCCGUGACAUUUGGGAGAUUGGGGAAAGGGAAGACGGAACAACCCAUUUGGCUGUCACAGGUCAAUUGUACGGGCAACGAGACGCGGUUGGAAAACUGUGACCAUCCUCCGUGGGGGAAACACUCCUGUGGUCAUUUUGAAGACGCUGGUGUUCGAUGCGUGGGUCCGGACACGACACGAGAAUGCGUGGACGAGUGUGGAGACGGCUAUUUCAAAGUCAAGGGGAGAAUGGAAUGCGGAGUGUGCAUGGCUUCGUGUUUAAAGUGCGCCAACUCUGCGAGCAACUGUACAUCGUGUGAUAAACCUCGCUUCUUAAAAGGUAAUACUUGUCAAACUUACUGUGGAGACGGUUUCUAUGGAGAUACCACUGACCGGAAGUGCAAACCUUGUGAUCCCGGAUCAGCAUGUCGCACGUGCGCUGAUGGAACUUCUCCUUCUGCUUGCACAAGUUGCCAUGACGACCAGUACCUAAAUGGAACCCGGUGUGUUGUCAGCUGCUCUCCGCUCCACGUGGCUCAAAAGCGACACCUGCGUUUGGCGGGAAACCGGCCGACCGCCCUCGAAGGCCGCGUCGAAGUGUAUCGUUCUGGGGCCUGGGUUACCGUAUGUGACCAGACAUUUGAUUUCCGCGAGGCCACAGUGGUCUGUCGUGAGCUCGGCUUAGGCGCUGCUGUCAAGGCUGUCAAAAGAGCAGCUUACGGUCGAGGCUACGGGCGCGUUUGGACCGAUAUUCUUAACUGCACCGGUCGAGAAAGCUCAAUUCAUGACUGCCCCUUGGUAAAACGAAGUUUUAGCUCGCUUUGCUACCAUGGUAACGACGUCGGCGUGGUAUGCGCGGGACCCGUGAUGAAACAGAUAACCAAUCAGUGCGUGAAACACUGUAAUUCAGGAUGGUUUAAAAAUGACAUGGACGUCUGCGAGACCUGUGCUUCACAGUGCUUUGAGUGUAUGGGAACAAGUACUCGUUGCACAAAAUGCAUGGCGCCCAAAUUCUUAAAAAAUGAUGCUUGCGUUGAGAAGUGCGCGGCGGACGAAUAUGGCAACAUCCCCGCUCGCGAGUGCCAGAAGUGUAACACGGACAUUUGCGUCACCUGCAGUGAUGGCUCUGACAACAGCAACUGUACCUCAUGCAAGAAACCCAAGGCACUUAUGAACGGCAAGUGUGCAGACAACUGUGGACCGAAGAUGUACAAGAAAAACGGUCGCUGCGUUGAAGAUUGUGGGAUUUCCAUGUACAAGUUUCCAGGUAACUUCUCUUGCCUACCUUGCCCUGACCAAUGUAUCGCAUGCGAAUUCAAGUCGGGGAAACCCGUGUGCACAAUUUGUAAUCCUCCUCUUGUGCAAGACGAGGCUAGCGGGACAUGUGUGGUAAAUUGCACUACUGGAAAACAUGCAGUGCCUUUCAUCAACUUCACAUUAAGUACCUCGCCAUAUUUGAGACUGUCUCACGGUGUGGAUUACCUGGAGGGCCUGUUAGAAGUGUACCACGAUGGCAUCUGGGGGACUGUAUGCGAUGAUGGGUGGGAUUUUGCCGAGACGAACGUUGUCUGUAGGGAGUUGCAUCUUGGUAAAGCUGACACCAGCGCUUCAUUGGGUCACAUUCCCAAGGGAACUGGCAAAAUGUGGCUAGAUGACAUGUUCUGCGUCGGCACCGAGAAAUCCUUGCUGGACUGUCGCCAUCGUCCUUGGGGUCAGUCAAACUGCCAGCAUAGCGAAGACACUGUCCUUCGAUGUACCGGACCGGGCGUGCGCACGUGCAAGGCGAAGUGCCCCGGUGGCUUCUUUCCGAAGGNUAUGGGACUAAAAUGCGUAAAGGAUUGUGGGGUUGACAUGCAGCCCGUGUCCGCGCUGUUUCCGCCCAAGCCAACGAAACCGUUGGUUCGUCUAGUGGAUGGAAAAAGUAAACAGGAAGGGCGAGUUGAAGUAUUUUACGGCGGCCAGUGGGGAACUGUUUGCGACGACGACUGGGACCUGAAGGAAGCGUCAAUUCGUUAUAUAAGUGAGGUGUUUGACUUGUUGAAUAGUGGAGUGUUUUACAUUUCUCCUUUUUCAGCCGUGGCUUCCAAGCCUCCAGAAUUCGAUCGAACGCCGACUAAAAAGACAGUCAACGCGCAAGACGUGAUCACCCAGCAGUGUCGCUCCAAGCCUCCUCGGAUUUUUCCCACCGUGCAAGACUGGCGAAAAGAUGGGAAGCCUCUCCUUGCAGAGGAUAUAGCCAAUAGUCGAAUCGUUUCGAACGCUGGUCAGCUGUUGAUAAAAUCCGCCACGAGAGAAGACAGUGGCAAUUAUACCUGUACUUUAGUCAAUAGCGCCGGAAACAUCACUAGCAACAGAUCUGAAGUUAUCGUCAAAGAGGCACCGCGUAUUCUCGGCGUCCUGUCUGCAGAUGUCAGCAGGGAUGGCGAUGCGAAUUUAAGCUGUAUCGUGUCGUGUUACCCUCCAAGUAAUAUCACGUGGAAAUUCAAAGGGAAGAAUCUCACUCGCUCUGCGAGAUACGAGUUCAUAGACAGCAGUUAUAUGAUGAAGGUUAAAAACGUUCAAUUUGAGGACGCAGGGCUUUAUGAAUGUUCCCUGAUCAACGAACUUGGGGAGGCCCGCGCAAAUGCGUCUCUUAUCGUCGGAUGUGAGUGUUGGAAUUACUGCUCAUAAACGGUCGCUUUUUUCCUUUCAGUUAAGAAAUAUUUCUUGCUAUUUAAACGUUACUCGAAAGCUAAAAUAUGUCAUAAGUCUUGACAAUUAAGAAACUAAUAAUAUAUAUCGUUUUGCACUGAAAACUUUUUAUAAUGUAAAAUACCCUUUGAUUUUAACGUGGUACCCUCGAGUACAGUAAAAGUGAUAAAUUGGUUGCUUAAUUUUAUUAACAUGGAAAGAUUUUUCUCGUUGCGUGGGUGAUUUAGAGCCAGAUUCUCUAACUCACAAUCUGGCUUCUUUUUGUUCCAUUUGCGUUUUCAAAGGCUAAACUCUCUUCAUUGAUAAAUACGUAAACAUUGCACGAAAUACGCGUUAAUUUCAAAAUGU